GUCACCAGGGAAAAGAGUCUUGAUUCCCCGAUAUCUUGAUCAUCGUCUCUCUCGCAGAUCGAGCAGCGAAGUGUCGGAGAUAUGUCGUCGAAGGACAAGAAAUCGUCGAAGCCAGCGAGAAAGGCCGGUGGUAUCCGUACACUUUCCGAUCUGAAUCGCAGGUCAGGGCCGGAUUCCGACAGCGAUUCCGACGGACCUCAGGAGUACUACGCCGGCGGAGAGAAAAGCGGGAUGCUUGUCCAGGAUCCUUCAAAGAGUAACGAUGAUGUGGAUGAGAUAUUCAAUCAAGCCCGGCAAUUAGGAGCUGUGGAAGGACCGCUCGAACGUCCAUCAAGUUCUAGAAGCUUCACCGGGACCGGGAGGUUGCUUUCGGGAGAAACUGUGCCAUCGGCUCCUCAGCAGCCUGAGCCUGUUGUCCACAACAUUGUUUUCUGGUCCAAUGGUUUCACUGUAGAUGAUGGCCCUUUGAGGAUGCUGGAUGAUCCAGAGAAUGCAUAUUUUCUUGAGAGUAUUAGAAAAUCUGAAUGCCCGAAAGAGCUUGAACCUGCGGAUAGAAGGAUGCCUGUACAUGUCAAUCUGAUGAGAAGGGACGAGAAAUGCCCAGAGGUUGAAAGACGGGCAAUCCCGUUUCAGGGGGUCGGAAGGACUUUGGGAGGGAGCGGUUCAUCGAAACCGGUGGCUACUGAACUCGCUCCCGGCUCAACAGACACUGCAGCCACCACUUCUUCCGGUAUUGUAGUGGAUGAAAGCCUUCCAUUAACUUCGAUCCAGCUGAGGCUAGGGGACGGGACCCGCUUGGUGGCGAAGUUCAAUCACCGUCACACCAUCAACGACAUUCGAGCUUUCAUCGAUGCUUCUUCUCGGUCCGGAAACCCUAGAAACUAUCAGCUCCAGAUGAUGGGGUUCCCUCCAAAGCCGCUGACUGAUCUUUCUCAAACCAUUGGAGAAGCUGGGCUUGCAAACUCUGUCAUCAUCCAAAAGUUCUAGAAACUUCUAGAAUGAGAAAGGUUUGUUCUUCCCCGUUUAAUGGGUAGUUUCCAAACUGUGUAAUUGUGUCCGAGCUCAGACAAUAAGUGUUCUGGUGAUUUGUAAGACGCGAGGCCAUGGAAAUGUCUUGUGCUCUGUUUUUGCUUUGUAGACAGUUGUGGGCUUGUUAUAUGGGGAGAUAAAAUAUGGCUUCUCUGCGUUUAAUUUUAUU